GUCCCGGAAUAAUUCUAUCCUCAUCUCAGGCUUUUGCUGUUCCGGCCCUCCGGGGCAUAUAUCAGGUGCUACUAUCAUAGUAAGAUCGGAUGAACAAGAGGGUGCGAGGCCGUGCUGCAUUCAGUCCUGAAUCGAUGAUGCGAAUAAAAUCAUGAAGUGAGGCGACUGUCAGCGACGGCGACGAAGCACUGGUGGUGGCCAAGACAAGCUGGUGGCUGGUGGCUGGCAGGAACGACGCAGAAAAUCCGUCCACUCGUUCAUUUUUACGGUUUUUGCGAUGAAGUCUGUUGCAGUACUCCCCAUUCUGGCGGCGUCGGUGCUCGCAUCGUCCGCGCUCAUUCCGACAGAUGUUUCGUCGGCGUGCAGCAGCUACCUCAAUUCCUUCAACCAGGAUACGUCUCUUGAGAGCUGCAUCUCGCCGCUCGUCAAGGCGACUGCCCAGUUCGGCGCGGGCGCGAACAGUACCUCCAACCCGACGUCGUCUGCCGUCAGCAGCGCUCUUUCGAGCCUCUGCUCCGCCACCACCUGCUCUUCCCAGACGAUCCGCACGCAGCUCGCCAAUCUCUACUCUGCGUGCACGGCCGAGCUCACGUCGAGCGCGAACAAGGAUGUCCUCCGCACGUACGACGUCCUCUACUCCAUCGUGCCCCUCCAGCAGGCGAUGUGCAGCAAGAACAGCAACGGAGACUACUGUGUCGUCGCCGGCAGCAACUCGUCUUCGUCCUCGGGCACGAACGACGCCGCUUCGACCGCCACGGGCGAGAGCUUCAGCUCCAUCUCCGAAUACCUCUACUCGGACGCCUCGUCGCCGUCCUCCGUCGCCCGCCGGGACAACUCGCAGGCGACCAUCUCCAUCGUCCCGAACACGACCACCUUCGCCGAAAACAACAUCCUCUUCCUCUUCCUCUCGCCCAACCUCUCGUCCUCGGAGCUCUGCACGUCGUGCACGCGCAGCGUCAUAACCGCGUACACCGACUUCGAGAGCAACGUGCCCUACGCGCCCGGCCUCCAGUCGAGCACGCUCAUGAGCGGCCAGACCGCGCUCUACAAGGGCAUCAUCAGCACCUGCGGGUCGAGCUUCAUGAGCGGCGGCGCGCAGGCUGCUGGUGCGAUCUCCAGCGGCGAGACCUCCGGCGCGCCGCCGUCCAUCGCCGUCAGCGCGAAGGCGGUCAGCGCCGUCUUCGGUGCGGCCGCUCUCGCCUUCUUCGCUAUGCUGUAGACGGAGUUGUGAUUCCGAGUCUGUUCUGAUCCACCGUACCUUUUGGACUCUCAUCGAACCACUUACAAGCUAGUGAUACCCGUGCCGGGUAGGCGCAUUCAUAAUAGCAUUUGGUCUUCCGUAUCAGUUGCAGACGCAAGGCUGGUCGCUGAUGUUGUUUCUCGAGCCAGUAUUACACGCGAGUAUGCCUAUGAUUUGUCACUGCCAACCAGGGCCGCUCGAUAGCAACCUCAAGAUUACUGUGCAAACGUUGUUGUAAGUAUGUUUGUCAAGACUGCAGUUGUCAAUGGAAC